AUGGUGGGUCAAGGUCCCCCCCAUCUUCACGUGAUCCUUCUGAGUUCAGGGCCGCCCAUUACAGGCAACGGUUCCAGGAGAGGGUACAAUGCGAAAAAGCGCAGCGAGGCCGCUCAGAUCGCGGCACAGAACGCCCAACUGAUGCCCAAUGUGUCGUAUACUCCCAUGGGGGGUGACAAAGGGAAACAGAAGGCUGCGGACGGGGCCAUGAGGAUAGUCAGUGACAGCGGGGCUCAAAACGCGGAAACACGGGGUCCACUGCACCCAGAACUGCAGUUCGCGCGCUGCAUGUCGAACCGGUAUAAGUCUGAAAACUUCCCUCGCUGUGUCUCGUGUACUCGGCGGUGGGCAGGUGACACCUGCCGUUUCCAGGGCAUCCGCUUCUUUUUGAAAGACGACAAUCAAAAUAUCGUUGGUGUCAGUUUUGUGGAGAAUCAAAAGGCAGAUGCGCCCACAAUGAAUUUCCCUACACGAUGGAACAUCUCGCUCGAGCCGUCGCACAUAGAGGAAACAAAGCGAACGGUGGCGGUCGCGCUUCUUCCCACUCUCAAAAAGGAGUUUGAGCAUCUGAUCGCUCCGCAAGUCAUCCGGCGACCGAGGGAAAGCGACGUCCGCGCUACCUGCGACACCUGCAUGACGUCCAUCUUUUCCUCGUCGUGGAUGUGCCGCCUCUGCGGGCGCGAAGCGUGCGCGGAGUGUUUUGGAAAAGUCCGCGAGCUGACGGAAUACAGGGCGGGCGCGAACGAGGCGGAAAUCGCAGCCCUGCAGGCGAAGCGAGAGGCGCACGCGCACAGCAAUCCGUUCUUCCUCUCGUGCACGCGUCGCAACGAGCACGUCGCCAAGGAGUUCUCGCCCGUGUCGCGGUUCUGCGAGCCUGAGCUCCAAGAUGUGAUCGACGAGAUGGAGCUUUUGAUCAAGGCGCCGAUGGUUGAGCCGGAGGAAGACGAGGGCGAGUCCACCGCAACGGAUACCGCGAUCGACCCGUCGUUGAAGGGGCAGGAUGGGGCAGCAGCAGCAGCAGCAGCAGCAGUGACGACUCGAGGUUCACCAACGGACGAAACAUCAUCCUCCGCUGUGCCGGCACCGACCGGAGGGGACGCAGCCUCCGCUGCUGCUCCUGUGGCGGUCUCGGCAGAUCCUGGGGGACGCCCUGAGGUGAACGGCGCCGAGCCUUCGCCAACGGAGCCUCAUGUAUAUCCGACACAGACGUUCGCUGAUGGCGAGCUGUCGGAGAAGGCGUUCCGGAAGAUCUGGCGACAGGGCGUCCCCGUCGUGAUCACGGGCCUGCUGCCCAAGUUCACGAUCAAGUGGACACCGGAGUACUUCAUCUCCAAAUACAGCGCCCAGACGUGCUCGAUCGUGGAGUGCCAGACCGACGCGAGCAAGCGGAUCACGGUGGGGGAGUUCUUCAAGAUGUUCGGGUCGUACGAGGGUCGGACGGAUUGCUGGAAGCUGAAGGACUGGCCGCCGUCGACAGACUUCAAGGCGGCGUUUCCGGAGCUGUACGAAGACUUUACUCAAGCGGUGCCGAUGCCGACGUUCUGCAGGCGGGACGGUGCGCUGAACAUCGCGUCGCACUUCCCAGUGAACACGGUGGCGCCUGACCUCGGCCCGAAGAUGUAUAACGCGAUGGCGACUUACGAGACGCAGGGAUCGAAGGGAUCGACGCGGUUGCACAUGGACAUGGCCGACGCGAUCAACAUUAUGAUGCACGCCGAGCCGCGUCCGGACGGGACGCCCGGCGUCGCGGCGUGGGAUCUGUUCCGGGCGGAGGACGCUGAGAACCUGAGGCGGUUUUUGCGGAAGCGAUACAACGGGACGCAGAUGCAGCACGACCCGAUCCACGCACAGCAGAUCUACUUGGACUCGAGGAUGCUGCGGGAGCUGUACAAGGAGUACGGGAUCCGGAGCCACCGGGUGUACCAGAAACCAGGGGACGCGGUGUUUAUUCCCGCGGGAUGUGCUCAUCAGGUGUGUAAUUUGGCGGACUGCAUCAAGGUCGCGGCGGACUUUGUGAGCCUGGAGAACGUGGCGCGGUGCGAGAAGCUGACGGGAGAAUUCCGGGAGCAGAACCAGAGCAUGAUGUGGAAGGAGGACGUGCUGCAGUUGCGGGCGAUGAUGUGGUUCGCGUGGCUUUCGUGCAAGCGGCAGGAGGGCUACGGGCAGUAG